CAAGCUUCUCAGUCGAUGUACGAUCUGUUCGACAAAGUCAUUGUUCUCUAUGAGGGCCAAGAGAUCUACUUUGGCCGCGGUGAUCGGGCCGUGCGUUACUUCGAAGAAAUGGGCUGGGAGUUGCCAGAACGUCAGGUUAGCGGCGACUUCCUAGCUUCUGUUACCAACCCAAGCGAACGAAAGGCCCGUCCAGACAUGGCGGACAAGGUGCCACGUACGGCGAAGGAGUUUGCGGAAUAUUGGAAGCGCAGCCCCGAGUAUAAGGAGCUCUGCUAUCAGAUAGAGGAGUAUCAGCGCGGUCAUCCUCCCAAUGCCGACGAGGCCAAGAUGUUCAAGGCCAACCACGAAGAACAACAGGCUCGUCAUACUCGGACGCGCAGCCCGUACCUUCUUUCGGUUCCGAUGCAAGUCCGUCUCUGCCUCCGCCGAGCUUUCCAGCGACUGCGAAACGAUAUACCAACGGCCAUGUCUACGGUUGUAGUGCAACUCAUUCUGUCUUUGGUCAUCGGCUCGAUCUUCUUCAAGUCUCCCCCAACUACCGCGUCAUUCUUCCAGAAGGGGGCGGUGUUGUACUUCGCUGUGCUCUUCAAUGCCUUGGUCACUCUCAAUGAGAUCAUUCAGUUGUACAUCCAGCGACCAGUCGCUGAGAAGCACGCAAGUUAUGCAUUCGUCCACCCCUUUACUGAGGCCCUGGCUAGUCUGAUCAUGGAUCUACCUAUCAAGUUUGUGCGCUGCUCCAUCUUCAGUGUCAUUCUUUAUCUCAUGUCCAACCUUCGACGAGAGCCCUCACAGUUCUUUAUCUUCUAUAUGUUUCUGCUGACUGCCGUGGUGACAAUGUCUGGGAUCUUCCGCAGCUUAGCUGCAGCCACGAGGACGAGCACACAGGCUAUGGCAAUGGCCGGUGUCUUCGUCCUAUGCAUUGUGGUAUAUACUGGGUUUGUCCUGCCGCAGCCGUCCAUGCAUCCAUGGCUCUCCUGGAUCCGAUGGAUAAACCCAGUCUACUAUGUCUUUGAGUCCUUGAUGGCGAAUGAAUUCCAUGGCAGGAAUUUUGAGUGCGCAUCGGUAAUUCCAAGCUACGCCACUGGUUCAUCCUUUAUCUGCUCCACCGUGGGUGCAGUUGCAGGGGAGCGGUUCGUCUCCGGGGACGCUUAUCUGGAGCAGAACUAUGAAUACUCCUACAGCCAUAUUUGGCGGAACUAUGGCAUCGUCAUCGCCUUCAUGAUAGUAUUCAACGGCCUCUAUCUGCUUCUUUCGGAAUACAACUCGGGUGAGAAAUCUAAAGCAGAAACCUUGGUCUUCCGCCCUGGUCAUGUUCCGCAAUUCCUUCUGUCUUCUAAUGGGAUUGAAGAUGGGCAGACGGACAAGCCUGAAUUGCAGGACAACGUUGAUGCAAUCCAUCUUCCUGAGCAGACGGAUAUCCUGUCCUGGAAGGGCCUCAGCUAUGAUAUUCCAGUCAAAGAGGGCACCCGUCGACUCCUGGAUAAUGUGAAUGGAUGGGUGAAGCCAGGUACCUUGACCGCGCUGAUGGGCGUUUCUGGGGCCGGGAAAACGACGCUUUUGGAUGUUCUCGCCCAGAGAGUGUCUAUCGGUGUUGUUACCGGUAAUGUUUUGGUGAACGGGCGAGCAUUACAGCCCAACUUUCCACGACAGACUGGAUAUGUACAGCAACAAGAUAUCCAUUUGGAGACAACUACGGUGCGCGAGGCUCUCCAGUUCAGUGCCAUGCUCCGCCAGCCCCAAUCGGUAUCCAUAAAGGACAAAUAUGCAUAUGUUGAGGAGGUCAUCAAAGUUCUUAGCAUGCAAGACUUUGCGGAAGCAGUUGUGGGCUCUCUGGGGGAAGGCUUGAACGUGGAGCAGAGGAAGUUACUGAGCAUCGGAGUCGAACUUGCUGCGAAACCUACCUUAUUGAUAUUCCUCGACGAACCAACCAGCGGCCUAGACUCUCAAAGCUCUUGGACAAUCUGCUCGCUUCUGCGAAGGCUGGCGGAUCAUGGCCAGGCAGUACUAGCUACGAUCCAUCAGCCGAGCGCUGUGUUGUUCCAGACCUUUGAUCGUCUGUUGUUCCUCGCGAAGGGUGGCAGGACUGUCUACUUCGGCGAUAUUGGGGACCAAUCUCGCAUGCUUCUGAAUUACUUUGAGCGCAAUGGUGCUAGACGCUGUGGGGAUAUAGAAAACCCCGCAGAGUAUAUGCUCGAUAUCGUCUCCGGGGAAUCAUCAGAGGGGUUUGAUUGGGUCAAAACUUGGAACGAUAGUCCAGAGUACAAGGAAGUAUUCGCCGAGGUCGAACGCCUCCAAGACGCUCGCCAACAACCCGAGCGACAGGUUCAAAAUGACGAUGACAUCCACUCUGAGUUCGCGAUGCCUUUAUACAGCCAACUCUACUACGUCUUGCAGCGUGUAUUUCAACAGUACUAUCGCCAGCCGGAAUACGUGUUCUCGAAGUACGCGUUGGGCAUCCUAUCAGGACUGUUCAUCGGCUUCUCUUUCUACAAGGCAGACAACACUCAACAGGGUUUCCAGAAUGCGCUCUUCAGCGUCUUCCUUCUGUGUACAGUCUUCACCUCGCUCGUCAACCAGAUCAUGCCCAAAUUCGUCGUGCAGCGGGCACUCUAUGAAGUCCGGGAGCGGCCGUCGCGGGUCUAUUCAUGGAAGGUGUUCAUUCUCUCACAGGUCCUCGUCGAGGUCCCCUUCCAGAUCCUUCUUGGGGUUUGCUCCUGGGCAUGUUUCUACUGGGCGGUGAUAGGCACGGAUCAGGAUGCUGAGCGGCGCGCCCUAGUCCUUCUCUUUAUCAUUCAAUUCUUCCUGUAUGCGUCCAGCAUGGCUCAGCUAGUCAUAUCCGCGCUGCCCGGAGCACCGCUGGCAGCCAUGUGUGCGACCCUCAUGUUCGCCUUUUCUUUCAUUUUUAACGGUGUCCUACAACCGCCCGCGGACUUGCCCGGAUUCUGGAUUUUCAUGUACCGCGUUUCCCCCUUUACCUACUACGUGGGUGGUGUCGGCAGCACCAUCCUUCAUGGUCGCCCAGUGGAGUGCAGCACUAAAGAACUCAGCAUCUUUGACCCCCCAUCCGGCUACACCUGCGGACAGUAUAUGCAGAAGUAUAUCGAAGCCGCCGGGGGGAAGCUAUCCAACGCCAACGCCACCUCUGCCUGCGAGUACUGCGCCAUGGCAGUCGCUGACGAGUACCUGUCUCUGCGUUGGAUCUACUGGAAAGAUCGGUGGAGGGACUAUGGCAUCUUCUGGUGCUUCUGCGUGUUCAACGUGGCCUGCGCUGUCAUGUUGUACUAUGUCUUCAGAGUGAAGAAGUGGGGAAAGCGGAGCUAGACUUUCUUUGACUAUUGACCAGACUGUGCUACUUCCUUGAGGGGAUUCAUACUCUACUUUACAGCUGGUUUCGGAUAUACUUGGCUUUAUUUGUUAAUACUAAUUCGACUGUUUAUAUGGUUCGCUAGUUAAUGUGGAUUUGGAUAUACGUUAACUGGACUUCACUCAGUCCAUAAAUUGAC